CUGUCGCUGUGGAAAGAUGCGAUCAGCGAAGAGCGGAGGCUUUUCCUUAAUUGCUCAUUUCGGCAACACAGGCUAAACAACCCGAAACCAACCCUCUGUGGUCGCUCUUGUUUAAGCGAGGAGCCCCGCGCACACACCACAGCGUUUACCCAAGAAAUGUCCAUGGUUUAACGAGACGACGCAGACUUUACCCGGCGGUUUUGGCUCGAGCUCCAGUAUGUCCAAGCGGCGCUCGUCGGAGAGGGGGGCUGGAGAGACAUCAGGCAGGGCCAGUAAGCUGCAAUGUCCUGGGAUCUCUGGCAGUAAUGCAAAGAGAGCUGGGCCUUUCAUUCUGGGGCCUCGCCUGGGCAACUCACCAGUUCCCAGCAUAGUGCAAUGUCUGGCCAGAAAGGACGGCACCGAUGACUUUUAUCAGCUCAAAAUCCUGACACUGGAAGAACGGGCGGAUUCUGCCGGGGAGACUCAGGAGGAGAGGCAGGGGAAGAUGCUGCUGCACACAGAGUACUCUCUUCUUUCUUUACUGCACAACCAGGAUGGUGUGGUCCACCACCACGGCCUUUUCCAGGAUCGAGCCUAUGAAAUAGUGGAGGACGUGGAGGCGAACAAGGUGCGCAAGAUGAAAAAGCGGAUCUGCCUCGUGCUCGACUGCCUCUGCGCUCAUGAUUUCAGUGACAAGACAGCGGACCUCAUAAACCUCCAGCAUUAUGUCAUUAAGGAGAAGCGACUAAGUGAGCGCGAGGCCGUUGUCAUCUUCUACGACGUAGUGCGCGUGGUGGAGGCUCUUCAUAAGAAAAACAUUGUACACAGAGACCUGAAGCUGGGAAAUAUGGUGCUGAACAAACGGACUCACCGGAUCACCAUCACCAAUUUCUGCUUGGGAAAGCACCUGGUGAGCGAAGACGACCUGCUGAAAGAUCAGAGAGGAAGUCCGGCCUACAUUAGCCCUGAUGUAUUAAGUGGGCGGCCAUACCGCGGUAAACCCAGUGACAUGUGGGCUCUCGGCGUGGUCCUGUUCACCAUGCUGUACGGCCAGUUCCCCUUUUACGACAGCAUACCUCAAGAACUCUUCCGGAAGAUCAAGGCUGCCGAGUACUCCAUCCCAGAGGACGGUCGAGUGUCGGAGAACACAGUGUGCCUGAUUCGUAAGCUGCUGGUGCUUGACCCUCAACAGAGGCUCACUGCAGGAGAGGUGCUGGAGUCCCUCAGUGCCAUCAUUGCCUCUUGGCAGUCUGUGUCGUCGCUGAGUGGGCCUCUGCAGGUGGUGCCAGACAUUGACGAUCAGGUCAAUCACCCUGAACAUCUGCAAGAGGCCAAGGUGAUAGAAGAGUCUUCACAGUAUGAAUUUGAGAACUACAUGCGGCAGCAGCUGCUGCUGGCUGAAGAGAAGAACACUAUUCAUGAGGCCAAGAGUUUUCUCACCAAGCGCCAGUUUGGCAGCAUCCCACCUGUACGGCGCCUCGGUCACGACGCCCAGCCUGUAAGCCCACUAGAUGCCGCCAUCCUGGCACAACGCUUCCUUCGGAAAUAGUCACCCGUCUCAGCCCCUGUGGGUUCCCCAGGACGGAAAGACCUGCGGAGUCCAGAGGGGACUGAGGAAGACCAGCCCCGAAACUGAACUUGCAUACGGAGGGGGGCCCAGCUCAAAGCAGGGUGCCGAGGGUCCCGUUCACAUGUGGGCUUUGGGCAAGCUAAGCUGAAACAGGCAGGAAGAGGGCAACCAGAAUAAACUGCCAGCCCAGAACUUGACUCCCCACGUCUGGGAUCUUCCAGUGAAAUCUGGAAAAGGCCUGGAGACGGAUCGAACCAAAGGCUCCUUGCCCUCAGGACACCCACAGUCUAACGUCACUGUGCACCCGACCUGAAGGCACAGUCACCCACAGGGCAGGGUGGGGGGGGUGGGGGUCGACAUGCAGCUUCGCCUGCAGUGUUCAAAAGACUAUUAAUCCCCCCUCCACCGUAACGCCUCCCCCUCCCAUCAACUCUGGAUCCCCUGAGCAAUACAGGACCAGAACCAUGUAGCAACCCCUUCUCUUCCUAGUGGCUAAUGGUGUUGCCUCAAGUCAGAUCACGUGAUCACAGAUGUCACUUCUCAAUACCUCCAUUCCACUCUCCUCUCACUCCUUCCUCUUCCACUCUCCCAUUCUCCGUAUCAGACUGGUCCUGUCUGUAACUCUGACUUCAAAUCAAUCUACCUCUCUGUCUCUCUUCUCUGUCAGUAAACCAUGCUCACUGUUUUGAGACAAGGGAUUGUAACAAUUGAUGCCACCAGUGACAUAAAGCAUUAAUGUUUUCUGUCCGAGUGAUAAUAGAUUGAAACCUUUUUUUUUUUUUUUUUUUUUUCAGUGGUUUUGAAAAAUCUGAAUAAGCUUUUAUCAUAUUUACCUGAAUAAGUAGCAUUUUUAUCCCUGCCUUUGGCAUUGAAGAUAAUGUAUAUCAAAGCCUGUGUACAAGCAUCCUUUGAUAUUGGCGGAAAGCAUUGUCUCCUGCUUCAGCUCAUCCCUGUGGAAAUUUGUUAUUAGCAUCUAGGCAGCUAGCGUGAGGUACCUGGAAAUCACAAUGCCAAGAACUGAAUGGGAAACACUGUCGGAUCGUCCCUGCCAAGGCAUACUGAUGGUAACGCUUCCUCAGUGUCGUUUUAGCAAAGAUCAGACACUGUCACGUUUCUAUUGCCAAAAAUCAUGUCUUAAAAAAAAAUUUCUCUCAGCCAAGGAAUCGGUACCCGCAGCCUCAUUCAGAAUUGAUCGGCUUCCAGGUAUUCCAACUUUCCCUGUUUUCUCUCUGUGUCAAGACAGACCAUGGGACAAGUGUUUGUUUCAGUAUGAAUGUGAACUGUCAUUCUUUGAUACACGUCUGCAGUAUCUGUGAGAGCGUACAUGGGCAUCUGAGGCCAGGCAAAAUCAAAGGGUCCGCGUAAAACUGUCAACGCUAUUAACCUCUGACAGACGCCGAGCCUUUAAGCUAUCCUCUGAUCUUUUGUGUUCUGUUAUCUGGCCUGCCUCAGUGGCUGUCACUGUGAAAACCAGAGCAGGCUUGGGUUUUUCUGUUUUGUUUUGUUUUUGUUUUUCUAAGAUAGGGCUUGACUGAAUGUUUCAGCUACUCACGAAUCGCAAAAAUACCUUAUCUAUCACCAUUCUCAAGCCCUCUCUUGAAACGUACCACACAACUGGUAAUCGUUACUGUAAUGAAAAUACAGAUUCAUAAGAUUUCAGUUUAGUCGCAGGGUCUUCUUGGCUGUCCUUUUUGUUUUUCUUCUUCAUCAUCAAAGUGUUUCUUCAAACCAUGGCAAAGCUAUUAACCAGUGACUGUUAGGCAUCUGUGUACUGCAACUUGCCUUCACAUAUUGGUACUAGCUUUAGGCUGACUAGACUUCCUAUUUAUAUUCAAACUGAUUGCAUGAACAUAGGCUCUGAAGUAUUGUCAAAUGUCUUAGCUUCUUGUAAUUUCAUGUCGAUUUAUUUAUUCACUUGUGUAGACUUUUACCCCCCCCCCCCCCCCUCAAAACCCACUGGGGUUCGUAUCACAAUCAGUUAAUUUCAUUUAACGGCGGUGAAACGAGCCCCAAGGUGAUCUCAGCUUUAAGAAAUUUAACAGACUUUGACAUUUUCUUUUUGUUUUCAGCCACUUUUUUUUUUUUUUAAAGUAGCAUCUUUGUUUUCAUUCUUGAGUUCUUCAAUAAUUUUCUUGCCAUCUUGCCACAAAGUGGUUGAAUUAAGCUACACUAACUAAUAUGGAGACUGACUUUUGCAUAGUUCUAUUUUUUACAAAAGGAUAUUCUCACUUUAGCCUGUUUUUUACGGGAGGGAUUUUUUUUUUUUUUCCCGUCAUUACAAAAUCCCACCCCUUACACACACACACACACAAGGCUAUUCUCUCUGGUCAGUAUGUAAAUAUUGUACCAUCAUGACUGCACCGGUCAUAUUGUUCUGUUCCACCAACUCGGCUGUUUCCACACAUGCACGUCGUAUCACGGGCCACGUCGGCCGUCAGCCACCGCAAACGCUGAGAUGAAAUGAUACACAACGAGAGCCGCCGGCUUUCUCCCACCUCAAUGUGAAUUCCAUGGGUAUACAGCAGUAUUGUAGUAGUCUAGCACCAGAAAAAAAGGGGUGUUUUUUUUUUUUUUUUGUCGACACCGCCUGACAUUUAAUAAGUGAUCGUCUGUGGAAAUAGUGUCUAAACACCAUUAUCUUCCAUGUGGCCCACUAGAGUCCAGAAUGUGCGGAGUAGUGACUAGAAGUCCAAUAGACCGUUGAUGUACAUGUUCUAAUCCGUUCCCCAUCCCCUCCCUUUCGAAAUCAAAAAGGUGUUCACAUCCUAGCUAGUGGAUUGUACCACACGUGAUGUUUGUUAUACGGAGCUGUAUUGGUAGACUGCAACGUGGACUGAAAAGCAUGGAAAUCGUGUGAGGUUAAACUGUGUAAAAUGUGACUGUUGCAUGAUAUUCAACCCGCAAGGCGCGACAGAGCAACUGAAUCCGAAGAGAAAUUCCGCCCCCCCCCUCGAAGACGAACAUCUCCUCCUCAAUUGGACAACUAGUAAAAUUCUCAUUAUUUUAUUAUAAUUAUUAUUUUAUUUUAUUUUUUUAGGCAGAGUUUUUAUGCUAAUUUUCGGUUCUAAAGUCUUCAGUAGGUAACUAAUGUAUUGCUGACUGUUUCUUAACUGGAAACCUGGUGUAGGAAUAUGAAAUGUGUAGUUUAAAAACCCAGUGGGAUAAUGUGUCGUUAAGCUGCUUUGGUCAGACAUGGGCAUCUAGAAACAUAAAACUGCGUUAAUUGUACAGAUGAAAAACACGUUUGUAUAAAAAACAUAUUUUUCUACUUCAUCAGAUCUCUACAUGCAUGUCAGCAAUAAACUUUGAUAUGGAAAC